GUUAUGUCUCCCUUGGCCUCCUAAAGAGCCAUGGCCUGCUACCCACGAGUUCCGUACCCGGCAAGGAGCGGGCUGAAUGAACAGAUGAUAGGAUGGACUCGAGUAGGCCAUCUGCCUGCCAUCGCCGUGCUUCUUGACUCUGCGGAUUCUGCGGAUCUGCCCACACACGACGACACGCCCCUCCACAUCGCAAUCAACAACAACCGUCCUGAGAUUGCCCGCUUCCUGAUCUCCCGCGGCUUCGAUGUCAAUCAGAAGGGCCGUGAGUCGUAUGGCGCUGUUUGCUUACCUCCCCUGCACCUAGCCGGCAUGGCAAACUCUCCAGAAUUCAUAGACCUGCUGCUCGACGCGGGGGCGGAUGCCUCCCAGGACGACGUGUCGGCUGAUGGAUUCUGCGGCACGCAAUUCGGACAGCUGGGUGAGGACGGAAGACCGCAUACAGCCUUCAUGACAACGGCCCACUGGGGCUGCGAAGCCGCCGUGCAACGCUUCAUCGACCGGCUGCAGCCCGCGGGCCGUAUCGCCGCAAGAUAACAAAGGCCGCACUCCCCUUUACAUGUACAUUGAGACCCAUUGCCACAACCCCGCCAGUCAACUCGGAGGCCACAUACGUGCCGAGCAUAUCGAACUUUUGCUCCGGGCAGGGGCUGACCCGGACAUUCGAGCGGCAUCUGGCCAGUCGGCUAGGGAGUUGGCCGCAUCAAAGGGGCUCAUCUAUGAUGUUGAGAUUGGUUCUAUAGCCUCAGACGCAGGAGGAACCCAAUGAAC